AUGUCUCUGACUGAUAGAGAGAUGGAUGAAUCACCAGCAACAAUUGUGGAAUCCAGUGAUGAAGAAAGUAGUAGUGAAGAAGAUAUAUCACAAGAUGAGGCUACCGAGACACCAUGUCCGCCUGAACUGAAACUGAGAAAUUACCAGAAAGAACUGGCAAAGCAUGCAAAUGAAGGACUCAACACAAUCAUUUGUGCUCCAACUGGAUCAGGAAAGACGAGAGUGGCAACAUACAUUAUUCAAGAGCAUUUUAAACUUACAGACCGCAAAAGAGCAAAGGUUGCAUUUCUUGCUAGAGUUGUGAGCCUUGCAGAUCAGCAGUAUAGGUCUUUGCACAAAUACUUGCCCUCGCUGAAGAUUGCACUCAUAACUGGUAGCACUAGUAACACCAUGAGUCUCCAUCUGCUACUUCCUGAGUAUGAUAUUAUAGUGAUGACACCUAUGAUACUGGAAAAUCAUCUGAGAAGUAAUCGUCUGCCAAAUCUUGCUGUUUUCUCAAUGCUUGUAUUUGAUGAAUGUCACCACACUCGAAAAGGAGAACCAUACAACACCCUCAUGGGUUCUUAUCAUAAAACCAAAGACCAGAUUUAUCAAGCAGCAAACAGAGGUCAGCCAGUGAAUAUUAUUUUACCACAGAUUGUAGGUCUGACAGCAUCCAUAGGCAUUGAAGGAGCUGAAGAGCUGGAGGUAGCAAAGCACAACAUUUUGAAAGUUUGUGCAAAUUUGGAUGCUUGCAAAAUGUCAACUAUUAAUGAUCACAUACAGGAACUCAUGGAUAAUGUUCCUGUUCCCAGAGAAGAAACAAAAACUCUUGAAGAGCGGAAGGAUGAUGAAGCAGUAUUUGCAAUCACUGAUGUCAUGAAGACAUUGGAGUUUUACAUGGAGCAGUAUGCUAAAGUGCUCAAGUCUGUGAAACUGGAUGAAGAAAUUAGGAAAAAACCCUCUGACAGAAAGAGUCAAGAGUACGAGCAGUGGGCAAUCAGCACAAAGAAAGCUGCUGAAUCAGUGCCCAUUGAUAAAUCUGACAAUGAGAGGGAUACAUAUGUUAGGCUGAUCAUCAUAACUGCACGAUACCUAAAAGAAUACCGCCUUGCUCUGGAGACUUUUGAUCUCGUUGAACUCAAAGAUGUCAUGGGUUAUUUGCAGAAAAGAUUUGAGGACUUGGAAAGACAUAGGAUGCGCAUUAAGGAAGAAAAUCAUUUUUAUGAUUAUUUUCUUGAACUCAAAGAAAAAGUAGUGUCACACCAUCGUGAAGAAAAUCCAAACCUACGCAUCCUGGAAGAGACACUGAUGGAAUAUCUUUCUGGUGAUAAUACUCGAGGCAUCAUUUUUGUGAGAACAAGAGCACUUUCGGAAGCCCUCUCUAUGUGGCUAAAUAGAAGUCAGAAUGAGAUGAUCAGAAAUAUGAAUGCCAGUAGCUUCACGGGUGCAAAUGUGGCUCAACAGAAAGGAGGUACUCCAUUAGCAAAACAAGAAUCCAUUAUUCAUCGCUUUAGGACAGGUGAGAUUCGUCUCCUUGUGUCAACAUCUGUUGCUGAAGAAGGACUUGACAUCCCAGAAUGCAAUUUGGUGAUUAAAUACAACCAUGUGGGUAAUGAGGUCUCCACUGUGCAGACCAGAGGCAGAAGCAGAGCUGUCAAUGGUGUAUCCGUUCUACUAGGCAUAACAAGUGUAAUUCUGAGGGAAAAUAUGAACAAAAGAAGAGCUGAGUUGAUGAAGAAUGCCAUUGAAAGCAUCAGAAAAAUGUCUCUACAUGAAUUUCAAACUGCCAUAGAAAGACAUCAGAAAGACUUGUUUGAAGCAAUGUUGUCUGCUACUUUGGCUCAACAGAUAGAAAGAAGGGAGCUGGUUCAGCCAUUUGAGAUAGUCUGCUCACUGUGUAGGAAAGUGUCAGUUUGCAACACUGAAAUGAGAACAAUCUACCAGAAGUACCGUGUCUCUAUUGAUGGGAACUUGCUGCGGAAAAUCCAAAUUGUCUCAAUGCCACCUAAGCCUAUGGAUGAACUUUUCUUUGUUGGAAAAGUAAAAUGCAUGGGGGAAACAGAGCCUGGGAAAAAGUGCUUCAACCCUCUGGGCUCCAUGAUUAAAUAUAAGGAUAUCCAUUUUGUCGCAAUUGGUAUCGACAACGUUGUGUUCAAGACUGAUAACCUGUCUGAACUCAGGAAGUUCAAGCAAUGGAAGAAAGUUCCUUACUCCGUUGACGAAAUCACAGAUGAUGACAUAAUUAGGUAUGCAGAAUUGCUGAAAACAGCAUGA